CUCGCCACCGCCACGGACCGUCGAGGACAAACAAGGCGACACGCCACACGGCAGACGCGUUCUUGACCUAAAUUAUCGCGCGUACUUCAUCUCGAGAUAUCUAUCGGCGCAUUCCUUGCCUCCUGCUCCCAUCCUCUCAUUCGUGCAAAGUGCACGGCAGAUCAGGUCACUCUGAGGUUCUCGUUCUUUGAACUUCUAUCGACGUUUUCCCGGCGGCGGGCGCACGGCAGCAGUCUCCUUACGACCACGGACCAUACGACGACUCGUUCACGCUUUCUGACGUACCUUCAUGUCCCGCGCUCAACAGCAGCAGCCGCGGUCCCCCGCGUCCCCGACGCCAGAGCGCAUGCGCGAGCCGUACCCGAUACCCAGCAGCAACCCUGCCAGCCAGUAUACCCUGCUAGAGAAGCUCGGCACGGGCAGCUUCGGCACGGUCUACAAGGCCAUCCACAAUGAGACGAAGCAGGUGGUGGCUAUCAAGCAGAUAGAUCUCGAGGACUCGGACGACGACAUUUCUGAGAUCCAACAAGAGAUUGCGAGUCUGGCGCAGUGCGAGUCCGAAUAUGUGACGCGCUACUAUGGCUCCUUCGUCGUCGCAUACAAGCUCUGGAUCGUCAUGGAGUACCUCGCCGGUGGUUCUUGCCUCGACCUUCUCAAGGGCGGUGUAUUCUCCGAGGCGCACAUCGCUGUCAUUUGUCGUGAACUCCUCCUCGGUCUCGACUACCUGCACUCUGAGGGAACGAUCCACCGUGAUAUCAAGGCCGCCAAUGUCCUCCUCUCAUCCUCUGGCAAGGUCAAGCUGGCCGACUUUGGUGUCGCAGCACAGCUCACAACAACCCUGCGCCACACUUUCGUGGGUACACCUUUCUGGAUGGCGCCCGAGGUCAUUCGACAAGCGGGCUACGACUCGAAGGCCGACAUGUGGAGUUUGGGCAUCACGGCUAUCGAGAUGGCGAAGGGGGAGCCCCCGUUAGCCGAGUACCACCCCAUGCGGGUACUGUUUCUCAUCCCGAAGGCGAAGCCGCCAGUACUCGAGGGUCCUUUCUCCGUCGCCUUCAAAGACUUUGUCAGUCAGUGCUUGACGAAGGACCCCAGUUUGCGUCCGAGUGCGAACGAGCUCCUGCAGCACCGUUUCAUUAAGAGCGCGCGCAAGACGUCGUACUUGACGGAGCUUAUUGAGCGGUACACGGACUACCGGGCGCGCUCGCCCAAGGGACAGCAGAUGUACCAGCCCACUGUGCGGAACAGUAUGGCCUGGAACGGCUCGAUGCGCAGCGAGUGGGACUUCGAUACCAUUCGGAGCAGCACGAGUGCGAUGGGCACGUACCGGACUAUGGCCAAGGACCUCGAGAUGCCCCCUGGUAUGGUCCCCGAGGAGGACGAGGACACCAUCUCGAUAGGCUCGGAGGCUGCGACGAAGGGCAGCGGCCCGAUGUCGUUAGGCAUGAACGCGGACGCGCUGCAUUCGACCGUGGUAAUCAAGGGCACACCGACGGAGAGGGAUGUGCCGCAACUGUCGAGCGACGAUGGCUCGUCCGCCGACACGCACGCGCCGUCGACACCAACGGACGACUCCACCCCUCCACCGGCCUACAACUCCGGCUCGAUGCGCUCGUCGCAGCGGAGGUCAUCAUAUGCUGAGCGAAGUGCGAAGGACGGCAUGGGUCAUGCUUUACGGGAAGCGGACCUGGGUUCGGGCGUGGACACGAUCCGCCCGGUGAAGAAGGUGGACGCGGCGGGCUCUCUGAGACUGUCGACGGAGUUCGUGGGCAGCUUGAGGAAGGAGGCAAGCGCAGGCUCGUCGCCCAAGUCGCCGCCGACCACGCAUAAGCGGAUGGCGAGCGAGGCAGGAAAGGCGGGAUCGGCUAUUGUCGAUGAGGUCGUCUUGCCGAUUAUCCAGAGGUCCAUCCGGGAUGAUAUGGAUGCGAGGGAAAUUGAGUCGUUGAGCAUGCUUUCGCGCGGCUUCACGGAGCUGAAGGACGCGAACCCGGAAUUGGCGUACAGGGUCAUCCUCGAUAUCCUCUCGGGUAUCAAUGACAACGCGGCCGUCCGAAAUCACGUCCAAACCGCGCGCGAGCUCUUCCCGCACAAGCGUGUCCUGCGCAAGAGCGUCAUGACCGCCAAAGGCCUUGUCGUAACCGAGGAAGAAGAGCCUGUCGUCGCAGGCUUGCCCACGUCAAGUGAGGCGCCUGUCAUCGAGGUCAAGGAGGACGCGCCGAAGAGUCGGUCCCCGAUCGCGGAGCUGCUAUAUAUGCGCUGGCUUGAGGGCCUCAAACUGAAGUGGCCGAGCUUGACGUAGACGACGACGAUAUCAUCAUCCACAUACAACCCCAUCGGCGUGUAUGUAUCUCCUGACGACGCUCUUGUAUCCCCCCUCUUGUUGUUGCGAUCAUUUUUGGGAACUCCGCUGCUUGCUUCAUCCUCCUUCCGCUGCUUCAUCCUCUUCCAUCGCUUCACUUACACCCGUCUACUCGUCUACUGACCAGUUGACUGACUUGCACGGACAGAGUAUUUAACACACCUAAGCUAUAUACGUACCGCUUCACGUCCCUUUCACGCACGAUCUUCACGACGCCCCGGUUCGCCUCCACAUCUUCCAUCGGCUUCGAUUUACCUAUAAACAUACGGCAAAAUGCCCACUGACGACUAGCUACAACAUAAUAUGGAGACGUACCCAUGAUCUCUCGGUUCAGACUCUGUUCGAAUCGCUCAAGAGCCCGCUUGCUUGCCAUUUCUCAGUACUGUCACGGUUGAUAAAUGUGACGCCGAACAAAGCCUUCGUUUUCGGGAG